AUGGAAGAUGAUGAGAUGAAGUUUCUCAGGAAAAACUACCCUCAUCUGGCUGCAGUGAAUGGUAGUACUUACUUGGCUAAGAGAUUAAAUGAGGUAAGGACUUGUGUAAUGUUUUAGUAUUACAUUUAACACGUAUAGCGUUAGGGCUGCUGCGAUAUCUUAUAUAUGAUACAUGAGUACUUUAUGUAUAUGAUAUAUACGUAAAAUUUGAAACGAAAACAUAUAGUAGGGUGCAAAUCACAAUAUAAUUAACAAAAAAUAAAGUAAAGCGUAAUACUUCUAUAACCACAAAUUUCAGAUUCUAAUCAACCACAUCAAGAAAUGUCUGCCGCAACUUGUCACUCGUGUUCAUGACAAAACAGCCGAAAAUAAAAGGAAGCUAGUCGAACUUGGGGAAACCUUCACCGAUCCAAACAGUGCUGUCGUCAAGACUGUCACUCAAUUUACUCAAAACUUCAACGAAUUGACAUACAAUGGAAACACUAUCAUGGUAAUGGAAAAAAGAUCUCCUGCUGCUCGAAUAUCAUUUAUUUUCGACGACAAAUUCCCUAACGAGAUAAAUGGUUUGAACCCGCUAGAAGGUGUUAGUGGUCGAGAAGUCAACCACUUUUUGAGAAAUGCUACGGUAAGUUUGUACGGUACUAAAAAAGGUAAAAAUAGAUACUGUUAGAUUAUGUAUGAGUUUUGCAAUUUUGUGUAAGAGGACUGUCAGACAAAGUAAUCGCUUUUACUCUACUAGUGAGGCACUAUUAGACCUCUAAUGAGGCUGGGACGCGACUCCGCGUGCCGCCUUGGCUCGAUCUUCAUGUUUUUCAGUCUAGCCUGAGGCUUAGUCGGGUCUAGUGGGCUUUUUUCAGGCCGUGGUACUAUUGGUUACUGCAUAAAAACUCAUUUGUUUUUACAUUUUAGGGCUUGAACCCUCAUGUUUUCAUACCACCGACAGCCUUCACUUCUCUGUUGUGCAAACAAAUAUUGCGAAUCGUCGAACCGUCGUUGGAAAUGGUCGAUAAAAUCAAGGAUGAGCUAGUUCAAACUGUCAAAGAUUGCAAUGUCGGGGUAAGAAGAAACUCUGUUUUAAAAAUAAAAGCAACGUUAUCAGCGUUUUUUAAGUUUGGUUUGAGGGGGCGCAAAAUUAAGUGAACGACCUAAUAAAACCGCUUUUUCAGAUUUACAGUUUCAAAAAUUUAAAUUGUAAAACAGAAUAAAAAUUCGUUAUUAACUUAAUAUUUUAGGGUAUUUACGACCGUUUCCCAAUGCUGAAAACCCGAAUUCAAAUCAUUGUGGAAGACGAGUUGGAAAUGAAGGUUGAAGAAACUAAAAGCCUGAUUCAGAAUUAUAUCGAGAGCGAGUCUGAGUACAUUAACACUAGACACAAAACAUUCGACACUUUUUACAAGAAAUUGUAUCGACGUGAGUUUGAGGUAAGGCUAAUUCACUAACUAUUGUUGAUGAAUUGAAAAUAAAAUUUUCAUAGAACGCUUUCGAAUACCUGUUACUUAUUGUUUAUUCUAGGAUUAUCAUAUGAAACUGUUAAAUGGCUUUAUAAACGUAAUUUUUCAGAAGAGAAACGCUCCACCCCCAGAAGAACAAAAUCAAGAUCCAGACGAUCUGGACACUGCUUCUUCAGAAGAUGAAGAUGCUGAACAGUAUGCUACAUAUGAUGGGGACAAGAGAAAUGUGCGGCUGAUUAGUAAGUUUUCGUUUCAGAGUUUUUUAUUUUAUGGUUGUCAGAUGAGUUAAAAAUAUUCAUAUUGUAAUACUUAACACAUAGUAUAACAUCUAGUAAGGGAUACUUAACCAUAUUAUCAAAAGAUAAAAUAUUUUGCCACAAUAUCAGUAAACCACAGAUGUUCUAAAACAAUCUGUAAUUUUCAGAGAAGUUGGUGCCAGCUUACUACACUACUGUCAAGUCGAACGUAAAGGACGCUGUGCCAAAAUUGAUUGUCAAAAACAUGAUCAAGCACCUACACACCAACCUGACACCACUUCUCAUGGAGAAGAUGCAUCGUGCUGAAGAUGUAGAAUAA